AUGUUUUGUUGUUCAUGUGGAACUGCUGUUUUACACGAAGCAAAUUAUUGUCACGAGUGUGGUUCAAGCAUUAUCAAUCAAAGCGCCGAGGAUAUUGAAAACAAUCUCCCAAAUAUUAUCGAAGGCUAUUUUAAUAGAGGUUAUCAGUAUACCUCAAUUCUUGGUCUGCUUGAAAAGUAUCAUGGCGUGAAGAUCCAUAUACGUACACUUAAAAGAAAACUACGCGAGUACGGUUUAAGGCGAAGGGAAAGCAAUUACGAUGAAGCAACUGUUCGUGAGCUUAUCACCACAGAGAUGCAGGAUGCUGGAAAACUUGGAGGUUAUCGAUACAUGUGGCAUGCCUUACGAUUGAGACAUCAUAUUAGUGUCCCACGCAGAGUUGUUGCCACUAUUAUGAAGGAAAUUGACCCUGAGGGUGUCAGGGAACGAAGAGCUAGACGCUUGACUAGACGUAACUUCAUAUCGUUUGGACCUAAUUUCACUUGGCAUAUAGAUGGUAAGUGUUGCGUUUUCUUGGCAUCGGCCAUCGUGAAACAUGUUCCUAUGUUCAGUUAAAGUAUGUACAUUAUAUAGGUCUGCUUUGGUCCUACCACACCAAGGUGACAAGUUGCAAUGAUUGCACAACUGGUCCAUGCGAUUUGUUGCCUUCUGUGACCAAAUUUGGCAAGCCCGGUGUUAUCUAAGGCGCUUACGCAGCAUUUUAGAGUUUAUUUAGUUUGAAUUGGGUGGUUGGAAAAACAAUACGUAAUAACUAAUCCGACCCCCUAAAAGUGUUUAAAUGUUUGGUCUCAUGUUGUAUUAAAAUGACAUUUCGCUUAUACCACCCCCUCCCCCCAAGUUGCCUUUUCACUUCAAGGACAGUGAAAACAAAAUUUUUAUUGUCUCAUUUGAAAGAAAGUUUAAAGUAAUCUAUAUAUAUAAUCUUGUUAGAGAUUUUUCCGUAUCAAGCUUAACUCUUUAACUCUUUGUUUAAUUUUUUGACUGAAAGUUAUGACCUGUCGGUGACCAUCUUCGAUUAAUUCUUAACGUCAUUAACUAUUGUUUUGAUGGCAUCUGGAGUAGGGUUAGCCUAAUAUAUAAAAUUACAUCUAGUAAAUUCAGUAACAAUUAAAAGUUGUUUAAUUGAAAAUGCAUGUUUUAAUUAAAUUUAAAAUUUGAAAUAGCAACCAAAAACAUGUUUCAGGUUCAUAUUGUUCACUGGCUGCCAAGAUAAAAAAACUUGUGUAACUUCAUUUGUGAUGUAAUAUGCAUAUCCUCAAUAAUCCCAGAUUGCUUUCAGUAAAAAUAUUUCAACAAUCAUGCAAGAUUAAAAAAUUCGUAACAAGAUAUUUUGUAGAUAAUUUUAAACGUUCUUCAAAUGAGACAAUGCGAUUGCCCUUUGAUGUUAUUUUAUAGGAUAUGACAAGCUGAAACCCUAUGGUUUUCCUAUUCAUGGAUGCAUUUGCGGUUUUAGUAGGAUUAUUUGGUUACAGCUUGUCAAGUCAAAUAACAAUCCCAAAGUUAUUGCACAGUUGUACCUUGAUACAGUUAUGUCAUUGAAAGGUUGUCCCCAGUUUCUGCGGUCCGAUUGUGGGACAGAAAAUGUUAUUGUUGCUGGAAUGCAGGCAUAUUUUAGAGCUACUGGAAAUGAUGAAUUUUCAGGUGCAAAAUCUCACCAGUACGGAUCGUCGCCUUCUAAUCAACGAAUUGAAGGUUGGUGGUCAUUUUUCCGAACGAGUAACUCUGGGUGGUGGAUGAAUCUGUUUAAAGACAUGUGUGAUUCUGGUGUUCUUGAAUUAGGCAAUGAGUUCCAAAUGCAUUGCUUGUGGUUUUGUUACUCUAAGCUUAUUCAAGAUGAGCUUGACAAGGUAAAAGAUCAAUGGAAUAGCCAUUAUAUAAGGAGGUCACGUCAUGACACUGUACCUGGUGUUCCUGACAUUCUGUAUUACUUACCAGAGCAAAGUGGUAGUCUUGAUUGCCUUUUUCCUGUCUCACAAGGAAAAAUAGCCGAAGUAGAAGAGCAAUGCGAGCAAGAUGCAAUAAACAAUCCAUAUCAAGAAUAUUUUGAGCAUGUUUUGGAAAUGCAAAACUUGGAAUACCCUGCUAGUACUGAUGAUGCUUUUGAAUUAUUCCAACUCUUUAAAGACUUGCAGCAUAAUUAA